GGCUCGCCUCGCCUUUGGGAUCCCCCGAAGGACAGCUCAGUGCGGCUGGGACAGCCGGCCUGUGCUCCCGGGUUUGUUUUUGCCGUUGGAAGGCACAAGUUUUGGACGGGGAUGUGUGGGGAGGCUGCUGGCACGCUCUGAGCCCUGCGCUGGGUUAGCUGCGAGCGGGGCUGGUUAUUUACUGAACCGAAGUGUCUUUAAAUGGAUAACUUGGCUAUAAAUGAAUGUUAAACUGUAACCACUGUUGUUAUAGGCGCAGUUUUUAUCACCUGUAAAAUUCCAGAUAGGCAUUUGACAUGCUGCUAAACUUAACACAGACUUAAAUUCCGCAUGUGUUGUGCAGCUCCCUUGGGAGGAACUAAUGCAUGACCUUCAUAAAAGGCAUUAUGUUAUUGCAUCAAAUGUUUGCAAAGUAGCAUCAAGAAGACGGCAUUUUUCUCUUUGGCAGGCUGCUGCUUUGAGGCCUUCUGUAAGAAAAAUGUCCAAUUUUCACUAAGCAGUGUAUUGUGUUUAUAAUCAAGCAGAAUGAACAGUCUUAAAGUGAGGAAGCAGUUAUUGCUUUGUUACACUGAGCACCUGAAUUAGGCAUCAGCAGAGCGGUGUUACCUGAGUAAAGCUGAGAGUGUGAUGUCCAGGGUCAGAAAUGCCUUAUGUGGAUCGCCAGAAUCGCAUCUGUGGUUUCCUAGACAUUGAGGAAAAUGAGAAUAGUGGGAAAUUCCUGCGGCGGUAUUUCAUCCUGGACACACGGGAGGACAGCCUGGUGUGGUACAUGGAUAACCCACAGAAUCUUCCCUCUGGAUCUCCACCUGUCGGGGUCAUUAAACUUACCUAUAUUUCAAAGGUUAGCGAUGCAACUAAGCUGAGGCCAAAGGCAGAGUUCUGUUUUGUUAUGAAUGCAGGGAUGAGAAAAUACUUUCUACAAGCCAAUGAUCAGCAGGACCUAGUUGAAUGGGUAAAUGUUCUGAACAAAGCUACCAAAAUCACAGUACCAAAGCAGUCUGAUCCUCUCUGCCAAAUGGAUAAUGCAAAUCGUCAAGCUGAAAGCCCAGGUGGAAAGAAGCAAGUCUCUUACAGGACAGAAAUUGUUGGUGGUGUUCCCAUCAUUACACCCACACAGAAAGAAGAAGUCAGUGAGGGCAGUGAAGGGGCUGACAGGAAUUAUUUGAAGCGGUCACAAAGUCACCUUCCUUAUUUUGCUGCUAAGCAUCCCCCAGAUAAUGCCAUUAUCAAAGCUGGUUACUGUGUCAAACAAGGAGCAGUGAUGAAGAACUGGAAGAGAAGAUACUUUCAAUUAGAUGAAAACACAAUAGGAUAUUUCAAGUCUGAACUGGAAAAGGAACCUCUCAGGGUUAUACCACUUAAGGAGGUCCAUAAAGUUCAGGAGUGCAAGCAGAGUGAUAUAAUGAUGAGAGACAAUCUCUUUGAAAUUGUAACAACUUCUCGAACCUUUUAUGUACAGGCAGACAGCCCUGAGGACAUGCACAGCUGGAUCAAGGCCAUUUCUGGGGCCAUCGUGGCACAGCGGGGACCGGGCAGAUCGGCGGCUUCCGAGCAUCCCGAGUCUUCUUCCGAGCCCGGCCAUGCUGUCCGUGCUGCCGGCUCAGCCGCAGGCAGCUCACAUUCCACAGCCCCUCACAGCAGCCCUGUGGUCCCAGCCCCUCACCCCAAACCCCCUGCCUUGGAGAAGCGAGGAUUUCACGAGUCUUUUACCAAGGCCAAGCCAAGGAGCUACAAGAUCCAGGCUGUCGCUGCAAGAGAAUCAACUUCCAAAGUGACUGAACGGGGCCCCUGGGAACCCCGGAGCAAAAAUGGCACUCAGGAACAGGAUCCUGGCCUUGUGGAUCUGGAUGAUGCAAGCCUUCCAGUCAGCGAUGUGUAGGGAUGGAAGAGUUUGGAGAAUGAUCCAUUUGUUCGGUCCUUUUAAUUUCCUUGCUCGGACUUUGAACCAAAGAAAAUUCCAGGAAAUGAGAACAAAAAAAAAUAAAAAAUAAAAAAACAAACCAACUGGAGCACUGCUGUUAUAUAUAUGUAUGUGUGUGUUCCUGUGCACACAUGGGUAUAUAUAAUGUGUUUGUGUGUUGCCUUUCAGCUGAGGGUCAGAGAUGGACCUUAGGCGUUUUCUCAAAGCCUGAUAGUAAAUCACUUACUAGGGAGGGGCCAAACUGCACAGUUUAGGAAAAAAAAAAACCCAACCCAAAAUGCAUUAAAAAAAAAAAAAAAAAGUACUUCUGCAAGUAAGCAAGGUACCAGCAACUUCUAAUUCCUAAUCUGGCAGAUUUACUAAAUUUGCAACUAAUCCUCUAUUUUGGAGAACUUGUUGCCAACAAAUGUGAUUAUUUAAUUUCAUCUUAAACUACAGUAAGAUUUUAGGCAUAUAUGAGAAUUUUUUCUCUCCGUGACUUUCAGAUACCAGGAAAUGCACAAAAUGUUUCUUCUGUUCUUUAGGAUCAACAGUGUCAACUGAUUUGUUAUCAGAACAAGAAUUCUGAACUCCCUUGGAAUUCUAGUUAUGGUGCUGUAAAAUUUCCACUAAAAUAAUAUUUUGAAUAGUCAGCCUAUUUUUGAUGCACUCCUAAAGGUGGGUUAUAACUUUUUGCACAUUUGGAUUUCCAUGGACUGCAUGUAGUGGUGUUUUGGAGGGGGGAGAAGAGAAUUUGGACUUUGGACACUUUAGAUCUUUUUAACUAAGUAGGGUUUAUGUUGUGUUACAUUAGGCUUUGCAGCAAUUAUGUUUUCUUAAAUGUUUAAAUGUUAAUUGUUUGGUUACUGUUUUGAGAAUGAUUUCCUUCCCAGUGCUUUGUGAACAGUUCUUGUUCCUGUAUUGAUCAGUGGAAGAGCUCCUUUAGUUGUGUUGUUAUUGGUACUGAACUGUUCCUAGUCCUGCAAUCGUGGCCUAUAACUUUUGGUGCACUAAGAAUCUGAAGUGCCUGUGUUUUCUCUCACGUUGUUGAAACACUUUUGGGUUAGUGAUGUACACAGACCAUUCUUACUGGGUUUGAGCAUUGGCUUGGAGUUGCUCUGGAUAGCAUAGUUUGAAACAGCUCUUUAAAAUAAAACAAGGUUUAUGCCAGGGGUACCAGUGUUCUGGUGUUGCACCCACUGCUGUGCAAUAUGUGUUCUUAAAAAGUGAGUAUUUGUUGUUUGUGUACAUUGUGUUAUGGGGCAUCAGUGAUGCCAGCGAGGAGAACCUUUACAUUUCAAGUAUUGGAUUAGAUGGUGUGUACUUUUCAUCAGUUUUGGAAAAAAAUGUUUGCUUUAACCCCAACCCCACAAAUAUCUCGUGCUGCUGCUUAUUGUGAUCCCGAUUGUCCAGCUCUGUGAGACUUUUUGUCUACUGGAACCUAAGAUACAUAUCAGGCAAGUCCAUCUUCUCUCCAACUUCCAAACUGACUUCCUGCUUGAGAGAUAUGGAUGGCUCUACCACAGCAAUUUGUUGAUCCCUAGACAGAAUAAUUGGUGUCGUAUAAGAAUGAAAUAUAAUUAAUUUCAAAACCUUAAAUUAUAUCAGCACCUUCUUUUGGUUUUGGUUUAUUUUUUUUUAUCCAUAAGCUAACUUACCACUGUCUUAAGGCAGUGGUGUCUGUAAAUUACUGGUUUUGUUUGACUUUAGAUAUAUGUGAAAACUAGCACAGAAUUGGAAAUAACUGUAAAUGUCUGUACUAGUAUUGUAGGUUUUAAUUUCUAUAAAAAUAAACCAUUAGCUCUUUAAAAGCUUAUUUUUUCACAAGUACAUUCUGUGUGGAAGACACUUUGCAUUGUAAUAUUUUUACUGUAGUCUAACAUCUGAAAUCACUUGCUCUGGUACAGCUUUCACACUGCAUGGUCAUUUUAUUAUAUUUUGGUAUUGGCAAUUUUACACAUUGGGUGGAGGUAAAGCAGCUCCAUUAUGGGACUUACAAAAAGAGGGAAAAAAAGAAAAACGAAAAAAGAAAUGAACUACUGUUGUAGUUCAGUAGCAUAGGGAAAUAUUUGUGGGUGGUCACUGUCAGGGUCUCCUAUUUAUCAGUACUUUUAUAAAUCUAUGAAAAUUGUUAAAUUAUUUUAGAAACAGUGCUGUAAAUACGUCACAUUUAAAUUGUCAAUAAAUCAGUUUGGGUAACUUAAAA